GCUUCAUUUAGAAGUAAUAAGAAAUGGGUUGCACAAAGAUUUGUUCUUGUGUAACACCCUCAUUAGUGUGUACGGUAGAGUUGGGGAUAUGGUAUCUGCAUAUCAUUUGUUUGCUGAAAUGUGGGAAAGAAAUUCAGUUACUUGGGCUUGCCUGGUUUCUGGUUACAACCAGAAUGAUAUGUUUGAGGAUGCGUGCCACAUUUUCCGAGAAACGCUGGUCUCAGGGCUUUUCCCAAAUCACUAUGCUGUUGGUAGUGCUUUGAGAGCUUGUCAGGGCUUACGGGCCUCUGCUUUAAGGUUCGGUAUGCAAAUUCACGGUUUAAUUUCAAAAACGCCACAUUCGUGUGAUUUUCUUGUGUGCAAUGUAUUGAUUUCGAUGUAUGGGAGUUGUAUGAGUUCUGCUGAGUAUGCCUGGCAAGUUUUUGAUGGUAUAAAAUUUAGGAACUUGAUCUCUUGGAACUCCAUUAUUUCAGUCUAUUCUCAAAGAGAAGAUGCUGUUUCAGCUUUCAAGCUCUUUUCUGGUUUGCAGAAAGAGGGUUCAGUAUUUAGUUUCAGACCCAGUCAGUAUACUUUUGGGAGCUUAAUUACUGCAGCCUCCUGUUCUUGUGUGUUUGUUCUUGAGCAGACUCUUGCUGCAGUAGAGAAGUCUGGAUAUGUGCAAGACCUCUAUGUUGGUAGUGCAUUGGUUAGUGGGUUUUCAAGGUUUGCUAUGCUUGAUACUGCUAAUAAAAUCUUUGAACAGAUGGGCACAAGGAAUGCAGCGACCCUCAAUGGACUAAUGAUUGGAUUGAUAAGGCUAGGUCAAGGUGAACAGGCAGUUAAGGUUUUUAUGGAAACAAGAAAUUUAGUUAGAAUCACUUCUGAUUCCUUGCUGGUUCUGUUGAGCAGUUUUCCUGAAUUUUCAUCAUUGGAUGUAGGACGAAGGAAAGGUAGGGAGCUACAUGCAAAUGUUAUUCGGAAUGGCUUAGAUUAUUCCAAGGUUUCUGUUGGAAAUGGGUUGAUUAAUAUGUAUGCCAAAUGUGAUGCAAUUGAAGAUGCUUUUUCUGUUUUCAGACUCAUGGUAGAUAGAGAUUCAGUAUCAUGGAAUUCUAUAAUAUCAGGUCUAGAUCAUAAUGAGUGCUUUGAAGAUGCACUUAUAAUAUUCCGUAGAAUGAAGAGUACUGGACUGGUGCCUUCAAACUUUACUAUCAUAAGCAUAUUGAGUUCAUGUGGAAAAUUAGGUUGGAUCGCAAUGGGAGGACAACUACAUAGUGAAGGACUUAAGCUGGGACUUGAUUUUGAUGUUUCAGUAUCAAACGCUCUUCUUUCACUAUAUGCCAAUUGUGGAUUUAUUGCUACAUGCAGGAAGUUAUUCUCGUUGAUGACUGAACACGAUCAAGUUUCAUGGAAUUCUAUUAUUGGGGCCCUUAGCUGUUCCGACAUAUAUGGUCAUGAUGCCAUAGGGUAUUUCAAGGAAAUGAUGCAAUCUGGAUGGAAGCUUAACAAAGUCACCUUUAUAAAUGUUCUUGAAGCACUAGUGUCUCCUUCUCUUCUUGAGCUUGCUCAUCAAGUUCAUUCUCUUGUGCUAAAGUAUGGUGCUAUGAAUGAUAGUUCAAUUGAGAAUGCACUUCUCUCUUGCUAUGGAAAGUGUGGAGCAAUAAAUUUAUGUGAAAAUAUAUUCUCAAGAAUGCUAGGGAGGAGAGAUGAUGUCAGUUGGAACUGCAUGAUUUCAGGUUACAUACACAAUGAGCUCUUGUCCAAGGCCAUGAAUCUGGUCUGGCUUAUGUUGCAGAAUGGCCAAAGACUAGACAGCUUCACCUUUGCCUCUGUUCUUAGUGCCUGUGCUUCAGUUGCUACAUUAGAGCGUGGUAUGGAAGUUCAUGCUUGUGCAGUUAGAUCUUGUUUGGAAUCUGAUGUUGUUAUUGGUAGUGCACUUGUUGACAUGUAUACUAAAUGUGGAAGAAUUGAUUAUGCUUCACGAUUCUUUGAGUUAAUGCCUGUGAGGAAUGUCUAUUCUUGGAAUUCUAUGAUAUCUGGCUAUGCUCGGCAUGGUCAUGGACACAAAGCUCUAGAUCUUUUUUCAAGAAUGAAAAUGCAAGGUCAAUCACCAGAUCAUGUCACCUUUGUUGGUGUCUUAUCUGCGUGUAGCCAUGUGGGGUUGGUUGAGAAAGGUUUUUAUCAUUUUGAGUCAAUGAGCAACUUAUACGGCUUAAUUCCUCAAAUGGAGCACUACUCUUGCAUUGUGGACCUACUUGGACGAGCAGGCAAGCUUGAAAAAAUAGAGGACUUCAUUAAUAGGAUGCCUAUGAUGCCUAAUAAUUUAAUUUGGAGAACUGUUUUAGGGGCCUGCAGUCGAGCAAAUGGUCGCAGGAGAGAUCUAGGCAACAAGGCAGCUCAAAUGCUCAUGGAGUUGGAACCUCAAAAUGCAGCAAAUUAUGUACUUCUCGCUAACAUGCAUGCCUCUGGUGGAAGGUGGGCAGAUGUUGCAGAGGCUAGACGUGCAAUGAGAGAAGCAGCUGUAAGGAAGGAAGCUGGAUGCAGCUGGGUCAACAUGAAAGAUGGUGUUCACGUUUUUGUUUCUGGAGACAAAUCACACCCUGAUAAAGAUGCUAUAUAUGCAAAGCUUAAGGAACUACACUUGAAAAUGAAGGAUGCUGGAUAUGUGCCAGAGUUGAAAUUUGCCAUGCACGACCUUGAACAGGAGAACAAGGAAGAGCUGCUGAGCUACCAUAGUGAGAGGCUAGCGGUUGCUUUCAUUCUCACUCGCAAAUCGGAGUUGCCAAUAAGGAUUAUGAAAAAUCUUCGGAUAUGCGGGGACUGUCACUCCGCCUUUAAAUACAUAUCAGAAAUAGUGGGUAGACAAAUUAUUUUAAGAGAUUCUAAUAGAUUCCACCAUUUUGUUGGUGGACUUCCAAGGCCACUGUAAGAACAAAAUUGCAGUAGGCUUCUUUAUGAAGUGGUGGUCUUCUGUGUGGUGGAGCUUGUAGCAGGGUUAAAGGGUUACAAAUUACAACUGAUGAUAAAGAUGGAGCACUACUCUGUUGGUCAAUGUGCAAGUUUUCUGGAUGUCUGUUGGCAGCUGUUAUUCCUAUGAGUUACUUCUACCUCCUAACAGCAAAUAAAUGCCUGGCAUUUGAUGCAAAUCUUUGUAAUAUCUUAUUCAUUGCCUUCUGCUAUUUUGCUGGAUCUCUGUAAGGCAGAUGACAGUUGAACCAUAGAGGAGGAAAAGAGGGGAAGGCAAUUUCAAACAUGA